AUGGAUCCGCCGGCAGGAGCAACGAGACCAACUAUACUCCUCUUCGGCACCUGCGACACGAAACUGUCGGAGCUUCUCUUCCUCAAGCAUGCGCUUUCCGAGAACCCGCGCGCCGCCACCGUCCUCCUCGCCGACGUGGGCCGCGUGCCCGUCGCGCACGCGGAGAUCGACAUACCGCGCGGCGAGCUCCUGCCCCAUCCGCCCGCGGGAUUCGACGGGUUUCCCCGGAACGUGGUGAUAGCCAGCAUGUCGGGGGCGCUGGUGCCCCUCAUAAACUCCAGGCUGUCGCUCUCCUCGCUGCACGGCGUCAUCUCCAUCGGCGGAUCAGGCGGCACCUCGCUGGCCACCAGCGCCAUGCGGAAUUCCGCGCUGCCGGUCGGGUUCCCCAAGAUGGUGGUCUCGACCAUGGCCGCUGGCGACAUGAGUUCCUUCGUUGGCGACUCGGACAUAACGACCGUGUACUCCGUCGUUGACAUCGCGGGCAUGAAUUCCAUACUCUCUGCCAUCCUCACGAAUGCCGCGGGUGCUAUGGCUGGCAUGGCGGAGGCUUACCACCGCAUUCACCGCGCGCCCCCUUCAACGCCGAAGAAGCGGGCCGUGGCGAUAACCAUGUUCGGCAUCACCACCCCCGCCGUCACCCACGCGCGGAGGGUGCUGGAGGGGGAGAACUGCGAGGUCUUCGUCUUCCACUGCACCGGUGCCGGCGGCCGCUCGAUGGAGAAGUUGAUAGUGGAGGGGAAGAUGGACGGGGUGCUGGACCUCACAACGACGGAAUUGGCCGACGAGCUCGUCGGCGGCGUCAUGAGUGCCGGGCCGGAGCGGCUGACGGCCGCGUCGAGGGUGGGCAUCCCGCAGAUCAUCUCCACCGGCGCGCUCGACUGCGUCAAUUUCGGGCCGAGGGAUACGGUGCCGGAGAGGUUCCGGGGUAGGGACCUGCUUGUGCACAAUGACUCCGUCACCCUCAUGCGUGCGAGCGACGAGGAGAUGACCGGGUUGGGGACUAGGAUGGCCGAGCGCGUGGUGGCCAAUCUGGACAAGCCCUGGCGGACAGCGAUAUGGUUGCCCAUGGCCGGGUUCAGUUCGCUCUCAAGUCUUCGGGGACCCUGGGAAGGGAUGGUUGGCUUCGAGGGCUUUAGGGAGAAUCUGGUCAAGGGAUUGGGCGGGGUUCUGGAGAACGAACCCAGAUUAGAAUUGAGGGUGGAGGAUGUGGGGAUAAACGAAGAGGCCUUCGCAGAGUCGGCAGCGUGCAGGCUUCUCGAGAUGAUGAAGGAGGCGGAAGAGGAGGACCGGAGGGAACACAAUUUUUUUCACGGGAAUGGGAGAGUUAGGUAGUGGUGCUGUAAUUCCACGUCAUGGGACAUCACUCGUACGGGCGGUUUUCUACGGAACGAUUAGGAAAAGCCUGGGAACCGGGAUUGUAGCGCUAGUCAAUUAUUGAUGAGCCUUUCCACAAAUAGAAAUCACUAUAGGCCCCUCCAAUUAAACCAUUCUCAGUUCCCUAUGCAGCCGGGGUUUCCCAACAUGCAGUUUGCC